CCAGUAUCCAUAGCAAGAACCCAUCAUUUAACAGUCGUGGGACUCUCACUGGCAACACACUACACCCACACCUGGCGUCGUCUGGCCUUUCUUUGUGCGACGUGAGCAACAUGACUGAGCCCGUCGGUGCCAAGUCUCGUUCCGCCACGGGUCACGUCCUCUUGCCGGCGUUCGAUGACCACCAGAAUCACAUCCUGGUCCCCGUCGUAACCACUCAAAACCUUGUCUCUUGGACAUUUGGCCGCGGCACGGUGAUUUGGCGCAUAUGGCCGGCGGUCCUUCUGCACACCGUCUUUGCUGCCGCGGUCGUCACUUUGUCAAUGGAAACACGGGUCCACCUCGGCAUUCCAAAUGUUAUGCUCACACUGCUUGGUGUUGUGAUCGGGUUCGUCAUCUCCUACCGUGCCAGCUCCGGAUACGAUCGUUACUGGCAGGGACGGUCAUCUUGGUCUGACAUUGCUCGCACUACCCGGACUCUCACUCGCCUCAUAUGGAUACACAUCCCGCUAAAGAUCGCACCCGCCGCAACUGGUACAAAUGGCAAACCAGAUGAUGUUGACGUCUCUGUCGCGAGACAUGUGAUGGCGGAGAAGCGUGUUGCGCUUGAUCUGGUGGAAGGGUUCGUGGUCGCAGUGAAGCACCACUUGCGAGGCGAGAUGGGGAUAUACUACGAAGAUCUCUAUCCUUUAGUCAAGCCACUUCACGAUCACGUCCAUCACCAUCGCCGCGAUGACGCGCUUGCACCAGAGCAACCGACGGUGAAUAUCGACACGGUGGCAUCCCCUAUCCGCGACUUCCAGCCUGAGGCCCCGCUCUUCUCCAUCCCCGCGCUAUCCCCGACCCCGCACACCCGCGCGCCCACGUCCGACACAAACUCCCCCGCGGCCGCGCCUACGGGCUCCCGCCCGAACCCACGAGGGGACCCGGUCAUCCCCCCGAUCAACUCGUACGGCGCAACUCUCCCGCCCCCGCUCCGGGGCAUGUACUCGACGUCGUCAUUGUCAUCCAUGUCUUCCGAAGGCGAGCGACGGCCGCUCCUGCCUGGAUCCGUGCCCCAGAUCGUGGCACGGCGCGGGCUGUUUGGGAGCGUGUCGGGGGACCUGAUCCCGUUCGCGGGCUUUUGGCGCGGGAUUGGGAGGGUAGUCGGGUUAAAGGGGAGGGCUUUGACGACGGCGGAGGUGGAUAUUGAGCGGCGUGCGGGGCAGGACGACGAUCGGGGAGGGGUGCAGAGGCGUUGGGCGGACGAGACGCUGAACGGCGAGGCGAUGAAUGAAGAUGACUCAAGGAGUGAACUGGAACGCGUCCAUCCACAUACUGCUCACCUUCGUGCCGCACUCGUCGACACGACUGACCGCCUUGGUAUCACGCACACAAAGCAUCGGCCCCGGAUCGCAGGCGGUGGGGAAAACUUGCCGCUCGAGAUCUUGAGAGCGCUGAGCAUAUGGCUGAGCGUUCUGGACGAGCGUGGUAUUGUUCCUGGUGGUGCGUUAGGUGGCAUGUACGGAUGCUUGGCUGCCUUCGAGGAUAGCUUGGCUACACUGGAGCGUAUCCUGACCACUCCGCUUCCUUUCGUCUACUCAGUCCAUAUCCGACGCACAGUUUGGAUUUACCUGUUCUUCCUCCCAUUCCAGCUUGUUGAUCAGUUUGGCUAUUACACAAUACCCGGUGUUGGGAUUGCCGCCUUCAUCUACCUCGGUCUCAUUGCCGCUGGCGAGGAGAUCGAGCAGCCUUUCGGCUAUGACGAGAAUGACCUGGACUUGGACUUUUUCUGCAACGCGAUCAUACACGCGGACAUCGAGCGCACGAAGCGAAUCUCGUGCCCAAACGUCUACCUUGGCUUGCACCACUCCAAUGCGAACGGCGAGCACACGAUCCCGUCUGCGCACGAGACCGCAAUAGACCGCCAGGCCAAAGUCUACGCUGUCUUCGGUGGAGGACGGCAUCUGUGAGAUGGAAAGAAGUACCCCCGGGCGUAGGACACUUCCAUCCCGUCGUCUCUUGAUUGAUACUCUUGAAUACUAUCAUUGGAUGAAUACCCC